ACACGCCCCCUGCCUCGCCCCCCCCGGCAGCCUCUGCCCCCGUCUCUUGCCCCCUCCCCCCCCUCUCGCCACUGGUUCCGUCCCCGCUCUCCCCGCUGGGUGCUCGGGGUUAGGAUAAUCUCGCUCGCACCCAAACCACAGCGCUCCCACGGCUAAUCCUGCCCUUUCCCCUCUCCCUCCCCACCCCGCCUCCGGCCCUUCCUCUCCCGGCGCUGCCCUCUCCCCUCCCCUUUCCCCCUGCUCGCCCCCCGGGCCCCGCCGUCCCCGUCCUCCCUGCUGCCCCCCGGCGCGCCGGCGGCCGGGCGGGUGGGUGCGAGGUCGGGGCUGCCAGCCACCCCGCCCCUCCCCGGCGGGGCCGUCAUUAGGCUGCCGGUUGAUUACAGGGUAUUGAUUUGUAUGUGCUUCUCCCGGCGCCGGCGGCGGCCGCUCCCGCUGGUGCCGCCGCGGCCGCUGGAGUUAGGGCAGCGCUUCCCGUAGCGGCGGCGAGCUCCCACCAAACAUGUCGGCUCCCGCCGGGCCCCGGGGUGGCCCCGCCGCUCCUCAGCCUCCUCCGGCUCCUCAGCCCGAGAUGCCCGACCUCAGCCACCUCACGGAGGAAGAGCGGAAGAUCAUUCUGGCCGUCAUGGACCGCCAGAAGAAGGAAGAGGAGAAGGAGCAAUCCGUGCUCAAGGUCAAAGAAGAGCAAAAACCACAGCUGACACAGUGGUUUCCCUUUAGUGGGAUCACUGAGCUGGUAAAUAACGUUCUUCAACCACAGCAAAAACAGCAAAAUGAAAAGGAACCCCCGACAAAAUUACAUCAGCAGUUUGAAAUGUAUAAGGAGCAAGUGAAGAAGAUGGGUGAAGAAUCACAGCAGCAGCAGGAACAGAAGGGUGAUGCCCCAACCUGUGGCAUCUGCCACAAAACAAAGUUUGCUGAUGGCUGUGGCCAUAACUGUUCGUAUUGCCAAACUAAAUUCUGUGCACGCUGUGGAGGAAGAGUGUCUUUACGGUCAAAUAAGGUAAUGUGGGUAUGUAACUUGUGCCGAAAACAACAAGAAAUCCUCACAAAAUCAGGAGCCUGGUUCUAUAACAGUGGAACAAAUGCUCCACAGCAGCCUGAGCAAGAAGGUGUUAGAGGUUUGCGGAACGAGGAAGCACCUCAAGAGAAAAAAGCAAAGCUGCAGGAGCAUUCGCAGUACCAAGGACCAUCAGGUGACAUAUCCACACAAGUUUCGGAUAAAAACAGAUCUCAAGGGCUCACAAGACAAGACUCAAUUAAGAAUGGCUCAGGAGUAAGGCAUCAAGUAACAAGUGACACAACUUCAGACAGGAAAAGAAGCCCAUCAAUAUCAAGAGAACAGAACAGAAGAUACGACCAAAGGGACGAGAGAGACGAAUAUUCACAGUAUGCUACAUCAGAUAGUGCGAUGCCCAGGUCACCAUCAGAUUAUUCGGAUAGGCGGUCGCAGCGUGGGCCUCAGUUAUAUGAAGAACCUGAACUGGGUGAUUAUAGAGAUUCCAACAGAAGGAGUCGCAGGCGUUCCAAGGAGUAUCCGGUAGAAGAGGAGGAUGCACAGAACAGGGAAGAAUAUGAAAGACAGCAGAGGGAAGAGGAAUAUCAGGCACGAUACCGAAGUGAUCCUAAUUUGGCUCGUUAUCCAGUCAAGCCACAACCAUAUGAGGAACAAAUGCGCAUCCAUGCUGAAGUGUCCCGAGCACGUCAUGAACGGAGACAUAGUGAUGUCUCAUUGGCAAAUACCGAAUUGGAAGAUUCUCGGAUGUCUAUGCUGAGGAUGGAACGACCGUCGAGACAAAUAUCUGUAUCUGAGCGCAGAGCUGCCAUGGAAAAUCAACGUUCAUAUUCUAUGGAAAGAACUCGAGAGGCUCAGGGACCAAGUCCCAAUCGUCAGAGGACCACAAAUCAUAGCCCUCCUACACCUAGGAGGAGUCCAAUUCCUCUGGAAAGACCAGACAUGAGGCGCUCUGAUUCUUUAAGGAAACAACACCAUUUGGAUCCUAAUUCUGCUGUACGGAAAACAAAACGUGAAAAGAUGGAGACCAUGUUACGGAAUGAUUCACUCAGCUCAGACCAGUCUGAAUCUGUCAGACCUCCACCACCAAAGCCCCAUAAAACAAAAAAGGGAGGUAAAAUGCGCCAGGUUUCAUUAAGUAGCUCAGAAGAAGAAUUGGCAUCCACUCCAGAGUAUACGAGUUGUGAUGAUGUAGAGAUUGAAAGUGAAAGUGUUAGUGAAAAAGGGUACAGUCAAAGGGGAAAAAGAAAAACUAGUGAGCAGGCAGUUCUGUCGGAUUCUAACACCUUAUCCGAGAGGCAAAAGAAAAUGGUGUGCUUUGGUGGCCACUCUUUGGAAGAGGACUUGGAAUGGUCUGAGCCUCAGAUAAAAGACUCUGGGGUAGAUACGUGUAGUAGCACAACUCUAAACGAGGAACAUAGCCAUAGCGAGAAGCAUCCAGUAACCUGGCAACCAUCCAAAGACGGAGACCGUCUCAUUGGUCGGAUUUUGUUAAAUAAACGACUAAAGGAUGGAAGUGUGCCUAGAGACUCAGGAGCAAUGCUUGGAUUGAAGGUAGUAGGAGGGAAGAUGACUGAAUCAGGUCGACUCUGUGCAUUUAUCACCAAAGUUAAAAAAGGAAGCUUAGCUGAUACAGUGGGGCAUCUUAGGCCAGGUGAUGAAGUAUUAGAAUGGAAUGGAAGGCUACUACAAGGAGCCACCUUUGAGGAGGUGUAUAAUAUCAUCUUAGAAUCCAAGCCUGAGCCACAAGUGGAACUUGUAGUUUCAAGACCAAUAGGGGACAUUCCCAGAAUACCUGACAGCACGCAUGCACAGCUGGAGUCCAGUUCUAGUUCAUUUGAAUCUCAAAAAAUGGACCGACCUUCUAUUUCAGUGACUUCUCCUAUGAGUCCUGGCAUGUUAAGGGAUGUUCCACAGUUCUUGUCUGGACAACUUUCAAGCCAAAGCCUUAGUAGAAGAACAACGCCUUUUGUUCCUAGGGUUCAGAUAAAACUGUGGUAUGACAAGGUUGGUCACCAGUUAAUAGUGACAAUACUGGGAGCAAAGGAUCUUCCUUCGAGGGAAGAUGGGAGGCCAAGGAAUCCUUAUGUGAAAAUUUACUUUCUUCCAGACAGAAGUGAUAAAAAUAAAAGAAGAACAAAAACAGUAAAGAAAACAUUGGAACCUAAGUGGAAUCAGACAUUCAUUUAUUCUCCAGUUCAUCGGAGAGAAUUUAGAGAACGAAUGUUAGAAAUUACUCUUUGGGACCAAGCACGAGUUCGAGAGGAAGAAAGUGAAUUUUUAGGAGAGAUUCUUAUUGAGUUAGAGACAGCAUUACUAGAUGAUGAACCUCACUGGUACAAGCUUCAAACGCACGAUGUCUCUUCAUUGCCACUUCCCCAUCCCUCACCAUAUUUGCCACGCAGACAGCUCCAUGGCGAGAGUCCCACACGGAGGUUACAAAACAGAGGCUUAUAUUCAUAUGAUUCAGGGUCCAAAAGAAUCAGUGACAGUGAAGUCUCUGAUUACGACUGUGAUGAUGGAAUUGGUGUUGUUUCAGAUUAUCGACAUAAUGGGAGAGAUCUUCAAAGUUCAACGCUAUCAGUGCCAGAACAAGUUAUGUCAUCUAAUCAUUGCUCUCGAUCAGGGUCCCCUCACCGUGGAGAUAGUAUAGGACGGACUAGAUCGUGGUCUCCCAGUGUCCCUCCCCCACAAAGUCGGAAUGUGGAUCAGGGACCACGAGGGACUCGAUCUACUCCUGCGCAUUACAAUACCCUGAACCGAAUGGAUAGACACCGUGUAAUAGAUGACCACUACUCUCCGGACAGAGAUAGAAGCGAGACAGUGGAUGUUUUCGCUGAUGAAGCUUCCUAUUCAGAAACAGAACUGAUAGAAGAAGUGAGGAAUUGUGAAGCAGCAGAUAGACAGCCAUAUCAAAGAUCCAGAUCAACAGAGCAACGUCCUAUGCUAGAGCGGACCAACUCCCGCUCCCGAUCCACAGAGCGUCCUGACUCAAACCUCAUCAGGUCGAUGCCUUCAUUAAUGACGGGAAGAUCUGCCCCUCCUUCACCCGCCUUACCGAGGUCACAUCCUCGAACUGGGUCUGUUCAGACAAGUCCAUCAAGCACUCCAGUAGUAGGGCGAAGGGGCAGGCAGUUACCGCAGCUCCCACCAAAGGGGACGUUGGAGAGAAACAAUGGAGACAAGGAGAUAGAAUCUUAUGAAGAAGAAGCGGAAUCAUCAAGGAGAAGAAACUCAGAAGAAAAGAAAGCAGAUCCAGAGAAUGGGGAUGCAGGUGCAAUUGAUGUAGAAGAGAGGAAUCGCCAAAUGAAAAUCAGCAAGUACAAACAGGUAGCAGGAUCAGAUUCCAGGCUGGAACAAGAUUAUCAUUCUAAGUAUCGGUCAGGACGGGAUCCUCAGCGAGGCUCAGACAACGUUUCCAAUAAGUCUUCAGACAGCGAUGUCAGUGAUGUCUCCGCUGUGUCACGGACGAGCAGUGCUUCACGUUUCAGCAGCACGAGCUACAUGUCUGUCCAGUCAGAGCGCCCACGAGGAAACAAGAAAAUCAGUGUCUUUACAUCCAAAAUGCAAAGCAGACAGAUGGGCGCCUCAGGAAAGAACAUGACUAAGAGCACCAGCAUCGGCGGGGACAUGUACACGCUGGAGAAGAACGAUGGCAGCCAGUCGGACACUGCAGUGGGCACUGUUGGUGGUGGUGGCAAAAAGAGACGCUCCAGCAUCGGUGCAAAGAUGGUCGCCAUCGUGGGUCUCUCACGAAAAAGCCGUAGCACGUCACAACUCAGCCAAACUGAAGCAGGGGGUAAGAAGCUGCGCAGCACGGUCCAGAGGAGCACAGAGACAGGGCUGGCCGUGGAGAUGAGGAACUGGAUGACCCGUCAGGCCAGCCGGGAGUCGACGGAUGGGAGCAUGAACAGCUACAGCUCUGAGGGAAAUUUGAUUUUCCCUGGUGUGAGGUUGGCUGCAGACAGCCAGUUCAGUGAUUUUCUGGAUGGACUUGGUCCUGCCCAGCUUGUAGGACGGCAGACUUUGGCAACACCAUCGAUGGGAGAUAUCCAGGUGGGAAUGAUGGACAAGAAAGGACAACUGGAAGUAGAAAUAAUCAGAGCUCGUGGCCUUGUUGUAAAACCAGGUUCAAAGACACUGCCAGCACCAUAUGUAAAGGUGUAUCUAUUAGAAAAUGGAGUCUGCAUAGCCAAAAAGAAAACAAAGGUAGCAAGAAAAACGCUGGAACCACUUUAUCAGCAACUUCUAUCAUUUGAAGAAAGUCCCCAAGGCAAAGUUUUACAGAUAAUUGUUUGGGGAGACUAUGGACGUAUGGAUCACAAAUCCUUUAUGGGAGUGGCACAGAUACUUUUAGAUGAACUGGACCUGUCCAACAUGGUGAUUGGGUGGUUCAAACUCUUCCCUCCUUCUUCCCUAGUAGACCCAACUUUAGCUCCUCUCACUAGAAGAGCUUCCCAAUCAUCUCUUGAAAGUUCAACAGGACCUUCGUAUGCUCGCUCAUAGCAGCUGUGAAACUGUUGUCAUAGCAACCAGCGUUACAAAAACAAAAAAAUUACAGGUCGCAAACCCUGGUAACACUGCAUGCUUAAUGUUGUGUCUUCUGAGCCUGUUUCUAGGGCUGCAACGCGAUCCUGUGUUCUCAAGGAAGUUGCACACAUUGUGCCCUAUGGAAGGCCCUCAGGUGAAGGACUUAAGUCAUGAAGAACUGAUAGGUUUGGAGUUCAGGGACACUCAGUUUCGGUCCAAUCUGAAGCCAUGGACUAAACUAAAAGAAUCAAUCUGUUUCAUGCAACAGAAGUCCUUUUAAAUGGCAUAUCUGUUUUGUUGCUCCUGUUUCUUUAUUUAUCUGCCCUCCCCUCCUAAAGCUUGAUUAUGCCACAGAAAUGGAGUUACCCUCCCAUGAAGCCAUGUUACAAGUCAGUGGAUUAACAGACAUUGGAAGAAAAAAAGAGUGUAAGGAUGCUGGAAAAGUCAACUGGCAUUUGAAGCAGUUGCUUGAGAUCCGAAAACUCUUCAUACUGAGAAGGUUCAAGACUUAAAGUGGUGGGCUUCAUACCUCCAGCUAUAGAUACAGUGAAACCCCAGAUGUGAUGGACUCUCUGAAAAAUAAAAUUCUGUGGAUAUACUGUACUGUAUGAAAUUAAAGAAACUUUUUUGCAUGGACACAGAUUUAGCUGAACACUUAAAUUAUUUUCUUGGGGCUGCAACUUGCAAAAAAAAAAAAAAAAGAAUAAAUCAGCCAUUUUCGAUAAUUUAUAUUAUUUUUAAAAAUAAAUUUCACUAGUGCAUGGUUUUAAAUGGAAGAGAAUGCAACAGGGUGAUACAAAGACACACCACGUUUAUCAUUCUUUAAACCAGUCAUGGUCUGUAUUUUUGCAGACGUAUAUUAAAAAUAAAAAAUAAUUUCUAGCAAAUAUUUAAAAUUCUGUUUAUGUGACAAGAAAUAAGUGUAAUAUAUUAAAUUUAUUUAAAUGUAAAAGGUACAAGCCUUGUAAAGUUCAACAUAAUGUGCAAAUUGUACACUUCUUUUACCUCCUCCUUUCUCUAUCUCUCCUCCCAGUCUCCCUUCUUUCUUUUGCUCUUUUUCCCCUCUGUCUCCCAGGAUGAUCAUCAUACUCUAAAAUGGCUACCUUUUGACUUACUACUCUCUUAUGCCCCAUAUUUGGUUCAGGGUUGCAGAUUGUUCUGCAUUUCUGAAUUAUUUGAGAAAAAUAUUGUUUAAGAACUUACUUUUUUUCAAGCAUGUUGAAAAGGAUUUUGCAACAUGGCUUGGGAGUACAUUAAUGUAAUUCAGCAUGUAUUUGAUAAAAAAGAUAUUUGAACUUUUUGCAAUUUAUUGUACAGUGCAUGGUAACUUAUUUUCAUUUUUUCUCACCUUCAAAUUGAAUUCUACAGCAAAAUACUGGAAUCUUGUGGCCAUUGUAAGAUGUCUUCAAUAAAUUUGUUUUCAGCACCAGCAUCUUUCAUUCAAAUGUUGAACUAUCAUUUCUUAAAGGUUUUUGGAAAGAGGAAAAAUUAAGUACAUGGUUGAUUUGGGGGAAAUAAAGGUAAACACUUAUUUGCACUAAACCAAAUUAAUUGCUACAUGUCUGAGAUUACAAAAGCAACAAAGGUUAUUAAUUCAUACGGUUCUUCUGCUGUAAAGUUCAAUUUUCAUAAACUACACAUUUGUGUUGCAAAAGACAUAAUUAGGUAAUAUCAGUCUGAAAAAUGUCAGUCUUUGGUUGGUAAAAUAGCCUUAAAGAAAGCUUAUCAAUACCACUCUGACAGCUAUUUCAUACCAUUACCAGAACCCUCAACUGCAGUCAGUCAAUGGAUCCUCAAAAACCUGGUUUUCAUAGCAGACAGUAACUACCGUUGGGUGGUGCUGCAAGUUCAAGCUUCUCAUUAAAUUAAGUUAUUUAAAGGGAAUGUCACUGGCUAACAUUUAAUAACAAAAUGUCCUUUUUUUGUUCUGGGUGUUUGUAUGCCUUUAAUACCUAUUUAAGGUUUAAUAUUGAAAACUUGCAAUAAUUUUUGAAAUAUUCUUAACAUCUACCUUUAAGGCCACACAGAAUUAUUCUGAUUUUAUUUGAAAGUAUAUUAAAAGUUUCCCAUUAAGAAAUUGUACAUGCCUCAUGAGAUGGCAAAAGUAAUAAAAUUAUCACUUAAAAUGCCUUUUACUUUGUGCAAUAUCAUAUAAAUCAAGAUUGUGUCUUGUCUUCAGAGUUCAUAUAAUGGAUUAUUGUUAAGUUAAUGGACAGAAUGGUAAAGUUAUAUUUAUUGAAAUAAUUUAGACACCUGUCUACCAGCAGCAAAUAAAUACUACUAACGUGGUCUAUAAUAUCCCCCAGGAUAUUAAACAAAAAUAUGUAACCACUUUCUUGAUACUGUGAGAUGUGCUCACACAUUCUUGAAUACAUAGUCCUAUAUAAAUUAUUUCGAAUUUUAAAAUCAAGGACAUGACGCAUGGAAGGUUUGUACAUACUUUUCAUUAUGCAGUAUUUAUUUUAAAAAAUUAAUGUAUUUUUUUUAAUUUUCACAUGUCUGCAACUCUACUUAUGGUUUAGUCAUGUAAAUAGCACUAUUCCAGUGAUCACUGCUGUCUUGUACAUAGUACGUUUUAAAAAGUUAAAAGGAACUACAGUUGGGGAAAAAAAAAAAGGGGGGCAGAUUAGGCCUGUAAUGAACACCAACUAAUGUAAAUCAAACUCAUUCUGGUGAUGAUAUUUAACACUUUAAAUAAAACAUUUUCUUUACAGAA